AUGAGUUUUAAAAAAAAUAUUUUAAUAAUUAUUUUUUUAAUAUUUUUAAUAAAAAAUAUUAAUUCUCAAAGUUUUAAAGGAAAUCAAAAACAACAAGUUAAUGCACUCCUUUCUCAAAUUUACCAGGGAAAUGUCUAUGAGGGUUUCCAAUGUAUGCUUAAUAUGGUCAUGUGUUCUGGUGAUACUGUAAUUGGUAUUAACAUCUUCACAGGUGUUCCAGUUACAUUGACAGUUGAUUUUUCAGUUUUUGAAGAUCUUACUUAUUUUAUUUCAAGUAGUGCUAUUAGCUUUAGUCCAAAUAUUUUUUCAAGACUUCCAAAUUUUACUUCUCCAGAAGUUUAUUUUAAUAUAGGUAAAAUGAAUGACCAAAUUCCAGAAGAUAUUGUUUUACCAGAAAAUUUAUAUACUGUAGAGUUUAAAUCCAUUUCUGUUCCUUUACCAAAUGCCUUUUUUUCAACUGGGGCUAUUGGAACUAUAUUAAUAAAUAAUGCCAAUCCAGGUUUUGCUCUCCCAAACCAAUUCCCACAAAAUAAUUUUUUAAAACAAUUAAAUUUGAAUAUAAUUGGAAAUGGAUUUUUCCCAAGUAAUGCUGGUUCUGCUUUAAGCAAUUUAACCGAAUUGACUUUAAAUAUCAACAACUAUAAUACAAAAAAUAUAACUUUCCCAACAUUUGAACCAUUUAACCAAUUAACAAAAUUAGCUAUUAAUUUCCAUAGUGCGGAUCCAUUAAAUCAGUUAUUCGAAUUUGAACCUACAAUUAACAAUAUUAAUACUUUGGAAGAAUUGCACAUUGAAAACCUUGGUUUCAAUAUUUCAAAUGAUGUAGAUCUUACAAACUUAUCAAAAAAUCUAAAAUUGACAUUUUCAAAUCAUAUAUUGCCAUUAAAUAAAUUUAAAUAUCCAUUAAAUUGUAGUCUUGAUUUGAGUAAUUAUCCAGUUUCAAUUUAUGAUGUAGAUUUUAGAAAUCUUACAUCCUUAUCACUUUCAAAUGUUAACUAUGGUGAAAAUUUACCACCAGCUUCAAAUUUUGAUUUUGAAAAAUUGACCUAUUUAUUAUUAAGCUCCAAUCAAUUUAAUGGAUCACUCCCAGAAGAAUAUUGUUCAUUUGUUAAAGGUUCAUUGGCACUUGGUUCCAAUGAUUUAACAGGUUCAGUGCCAGAUUGUUUCAAAUGUUUGGGUGGUGAAGAGUUUCCAGGUUUAUUCCCAAAUAAUUUCGAUGAUUUCUUUGAUGAUACACCAGCUGAUGUUUGUACUGCAUUCUCUUUGGAUGUUCCUGUCAAUCAAUUAUUGAAAACCAAUGAAACUACAGUUUUUGAGUUUACAGGUUCAAAUUUAGGUUGGGAUUCUGAUAUUGAAUCAACUCAAGCAAAUGUUGAAUUAGCAAUCAUUGAACCAAAUAAGAAAAUUAAGAUUACUAUUCCACCAGGUGCUGGUAUUCAAAAUGCAACUUUAAAAUUUGGAAGUAAUUUUUCAAUUGAAGUUAUUUUAAAUUAUGAAUUUUAUGGUCCAACAAUCGAUUCAUACUAUGUUCAAGGAUCUGGUAUCUUUUUCAGAGGUUCUUAUUUUAGUUACAAUCAAGAUUAUGAAAAUAUUUUUACAAUUAAUAAAGACUAUAAAUUCACUGCCCAUAUUCAAACAAUUGAAGACCAAAAUCUAAACAAUGGAGUUGGUUUUGAAAAUGAUGAUACACCAAUCUCUGUAUUGAAAAAUCGUGAAGCUUUCAAUGUUUCAAUUGAUGUAGCUGGUAAACAAUCAGAAACUGUAACAUUUAUUUAUUUUGGAAAUAUUACUAUGCUUUCAGAUCUUUCCUCAAUUCAAUUGAAUACAACAGGUGGUGAUUUCUCAUUCGAUGGUGAAUUUGGUUGUAAUACAACUGAUUUUUCAAAUCCUAUCUUUAAGAUCAAUGAUAUUGAUGUUCAAAUCUUAGAAAUUACAGAAACUAGAAUUAAUAUCACUUAUCCACCAAUUGAAAAUGCUGGUACAUAUUCACUUUAUAUUGAAGUUGGUGAUUUCUCUUUCACUAAUGAAAUCAAAUUCAUUGAAACCCCAACUUUCCCACCAACUCCAACUCCAACUUCAACCCCAACUCCAACUCCAACUUCAACUUCAACUUCAACUUCAGAUGAUGAAGGUCUUUCCACUUCUCCAACUCUUUCAAUCUCAUUUAUUUACUUAUUUUCUAUAAUUUUAUUAAUCAAUUUUGUUUUUUAA